GCCUUCGCUCAUCUCAUCGACUCCGCGUCGAAAUUUCGUCGCCUUCGUCGUCGUCGUCGUCAUAUUCAACGCCUAAACAUAUCACCAAUGAAACAUGCUUUUCUUACAUGGCAUGGUCGUUUGCCGGUCAUACGCGGAAAAAUUCCCGGAUCCCAGCAAUCAUCCUGUCACAGUAACUCUAUUCGCCGUACUCUACUCAUUUGUAUUUGUGAUUAGUUUGGCAGGAAAUUUGGGUGUCAUAUAUGCAACCGUGAGGCAUCGAAGCCUGCAGACAGUGCAGAAUAUAUUCAUAGUGAAUUUAGCUGUUAGUGACGUUAUCCUCUGUAUGCUGUCCAUACCGCUUACUCCAAUCACGCACAUUGCCAAACAAUGGUAUUUCGGGUCGAUGUUGUGUCGGGUCGUCGGAGGCAUUCAAGCCAUCGGACUAUUCAUUGGCACAUUCUCAUUAUGUGCUAUCGCUAUAGACCGCUAUUUUCGAUUGGUAGUUGCCCCAGGAAGUCCGCUCCGAAAGGUGAAUGCGAUCCGAAUCACGGUCCUUCUAUGGAUCAUCUCAAUAUUAGUGACGUUACCUUACGUCUACCACAUGAAGAUGAAAAAAUAUCCUGCAAUAAACGUGUGCGGCGAAUUUUGCACUGAGAAGUGGCCAAAUGUGCAUUCAAAGCGGAUAUAUACGCUCUUCGUGCUUGCUAUCCAGUUUGUGAUUCCAUUCACGAUCAUGACCAUCUGCUAUCAAGCGGUAUUCUCAUUCCUACGAAGACGAGCGCAAUCUCGUCUGACUUCCAUCGCACAGCAAGCAAACUUAUUGUAUGUCGUGGCUGCCACAGCCGGUGGUGACACGCAGCAACACAAGGAGCAGUUGACCCAUCUAAUCGAGCAAAAGAAACGAGUAAUGCAGCAGCGAAGACGAGUAACGCUGAUACUAGUGUCGAUGGUAGUGAUCUUCGGUAUCACCUCACUGCCACAUAACAUCGUCAGUACCCUCAUGGAGUUCACUGACAGUCAGGAUCUGCUCGCCUACAACGGCAACGACUACACCUACCUUCUAAACCUCAUCACGCACUUUCUGGCUAUGCUUUCGUGUGUCGCCAAUCCACUUCUAUACGCUUUUCUCAAUCCGGAAUUUCGCGAACUGAUCCUCGCUGGUGUGGCCGGCUUCAAAUGGGCGCCGAAGUUCGUAAGCCGGACGUGGCAGCCCACUCAGACUACGUGCUGUGCAACGAAAGCCCCGCAAUCCGUGCUGAUUGCGAUCUGA